AUGUAUGCUGCUCGCGCCGCCACCCGACCCAAGUUGGGACUCAACAUCUCUGCUGCGCAGACUGCUCCUCGGCCAACACUGUCGCUCAAGUCCCCAGUCACUAUUCCUCGAACUCCUCUCACCCCAGUAGCUACGGCGAGCCCGACAAGCCAAAGAUUCUCGACCCUCCAGGUACCGACAUAUGGCUAUACCAACUCAUGCUCCUCCAAGAGCAUUCUCAAGAAGCAGCAGUCGGCACGCUCAGGGGCUGUCGAAAAGCGCAUUCAAUUCAAGGGUACACCAACAGUCUACUGUGUGACACCCAUUGAGAACCCCGAUGAGUACUACGGCACACAUACGAAGAUCUCUCGAGAAGAAAGACGAUGGUCUGUUCGCGAGUGA